AGUGUGUCCCAUAACCCCCAACCCCACCCCACCCAACCCCACCAACACACACAACCCUCAACACACACACUAGCCUAAACCAGUCUUUCUAAGAGGUGUGUUCAUUUACGUCGACCUUACUGAUGUGUACCUGAUAGAUAUGGAGUACAGUCAGAUUUCUGCUUGAUCACUGGAGCAAAACUGACUGGUGAAUUGUCUUCUUUCUGUAUGAUGUAAAGUGUAACGCCAAGAGUAACAAUGUGUUCCAGAGUAUUUAUGUUCCUGAUUGGAACCGUGUAUAUCUGCUUUCAGGUCUUUGCAGCAGAAGAUGUCUACGUUGCUGAGCUGAUGGUUGAGAGUAACAUCACACUGGAAGCCCAGACCAUCUUGUCAAUUUUGAAUACGACAACUGAUCUCCAAGUUACAGAUACUGAUGGAGUUUCUCACACAGUGACACUCUUACACAAUGAACUAGUAGCAGAGUGCCUGAUCAUUGGAGAUGAAUCCACUUGCAACUGCUUAUCUGGAUACACGUGGAGCAAUGAAGUGUGCUAUUCUUACAACUGUUGCAGAGAAAAUACUUGCAACCAAAAUGUGUCCCAUAUUGUACCACUCUGCGUUGCCAAAGUCAAAGUUCAUAUCAAUGGAUCAGUUAUGCUGAGUACAGCCACCUGGGAUUCCUCCAAAACUACCCAAUUGGUAACUGCCUUUGAAGUACUGAAUGGCUUUGAGUACCUGAAUGUAACUGGUCUGAGGCAAAGUGACAGCAUUGUUGACUUUGAGGCAGGAGUCAACGUCAGAUUUCAAACUUCUAAACUUCAAGACAUCGUGACUAAUCUGGAAACCAGUUUUGGAGCUGUACUUUGGGUUGACACUGUAGGAAUGGUCACCAUGGAGUCCCCAAGUAGCACAGUAUGUUACAUGUCCUCUCCAGCGCUGAAGUGUGUGUUUGAGGAGGUCAUGGGAAGCGCUGGCUGGAAUAUGAGCAAGAAGCAUGAGCGCUUUGAGCUCAACACAGGCAGUGUGGUGAAACUGAACUACAGCUGUUCCACAGACAAAUACAAGUCUUGUGUUGCAGUUACACUCCACAGCGUGACAGGGAUUUGGGCAGGUACAUAUGAGUGUGGAUUCACUCGUGGAUCAGUAAGGCAUACGGCCAAGACACACCUGAGUGUGGCACUCCUCCCUGAUGAGAUUAACUUGAAGAUCAACCCUCUUACUGCAGACUGUUCGCUGAGCCCUGACAGUGUUGACAUACAGGUCACUGCCGUCAUCUUAAACAGUUCAGAGAGCUUUGAUGUCUGGUGGAGCUACAUGGGCGUAAGGAAAUCUGAUCUAUUUCACAAAUCGGAUGGAGAUAACUUGGUCUAUGCAUUCAAAGUUCCUCUCAGCUGCAAGAAAACAACUGAAGCACAAUCUGUUACUGUCACUUUUCAAAACUCAAUAUUACAGAAAAAAAGUGCACAAGUGGAUAUCCCAGUAAUUUAUGCGGGUGCAAAAUUUUGCAGUGAAGAAGAGUUAAAUGGUGAGAUUUGGCCAAAAACACCUGAUGGAGACACUGUGAUUAAUCACACAUGUCCAGUGGGCAGGGUUGGUUUUAAGUCACGCACUUGUAUAGGCAGUAUCUGGCAGAUGGUGUUCCACAGCUGCGUCAGCCAAGAGUUGAAAAAAGUCUUAAAUGCUGCAGACAACUUCCUGAAGGGACUUGGGGCUACCCAGAACGUGGCCAUGAAUAUAUUUGAAGGACUUAAGAACCAGUCUGCAUCUGAUUCUGAUUCCAGUGACACUAUCGCUGACGUUAGUGCGUCCAUCAGCGUGCUUAAUCUGAUGGCCAGAGCAACAGAAAACGUUGCCUUGCAGGACGAUGUUUUUCCUGAUUUUGUUGAUGCAGCAAGUAAUAUGUUGAACAAGACCUGGAAUGGGGUGAACGUGUCUACUGUGCAGCACAUGUCAUCAAAUUACCUUGAGUCUGUGGAGGGUCUGGUGAAGAACGUCAAUGUCAACAAGAGCAAUGGAAUUAACAGUCAAAACUUGGAGCUCAAAUUCUGCUCAAGUAGAGACUGCAAUGUGUCGUUGUUUGACAUCAACGUGAAUCUGAACAAGACCACAGGAAUAAUGAAAACGGUUGCUGUGAAAAAUUUAAUGGACAAAUUAAGAAACAACUUUGGCCAAACAGUGCCUACUAGCCUCUUAAUAUCAGCCACACUAGAGAACAGCAAUGACUCUUCUUUAGAAAUUAGACUGGACUUCCCUAGUGAUCGGCUGAAUCCAACCAAACCUUUCUGUGUCUUCUGGAACACCACAGAGAGGGACUGGUCAGAUGCAGGAUGCAUUGUCAAAAUAAGUGAUGUUAACCACACACUCUGCGAGUGCAACCACCUGACUUCAUUCUCUGUCCUCAUGGCCAAGAGUGAUAUUUCCACUGACGUCCUAGAUAUGAUUACUCACGUGGGCCUGGGUGUGUCCAUCUGCUCAUUGCUGAUCUUCCUAAUCAUUGAGUCUCUAGUGUGGUCAGCUGUGGUCAAGACCAACCUUUCACAUUUCCGUCACACAGCCCUGGUGAACAUUGCAACGUUCCUCUUGCUCGCUGACUGCAGUUUCUUGGCUUCUACUUCCCCUGAGUCUCUCAGCAACAACUGGUGCCUAAUUUUGACCAUAUGCAAGCACCUAUUUUUCUUAGCCACAUUCAGCUGGAUGCUGUGCAUGAGUGUCAUGCUUGUCCACCAACUCAUCUUUGUCUUCAGCCCACUGAGGAAAAGAGUCUUCAUGUUCUUCUCCAGCAUCGUAGGUUAUGUUUGCCCAAUCCUAAUAGUGGGAUCUAGCUAUGUGUAUUGCAAAUACACCAAUAAGUCCUACUAUGAUUCAAAAACAUGCUGGCUUGUUUUUGAAAGACUAUUGGAGGGCUCCAUACAUGCUUUCCUCCUCCCUGUGGGAACUGUUAUUUUGACAAAUCUCUUUUCCAUGGUGGUCGUCCUUGUUACUCUGAUGAAGUCCUCUGUCCCAGAUGGCAGUAAGGCAGGUGACAAGGAGACAGCCAAAAGUAUCCUUAAAGUGGUGGUUUUUCUAACACCUGUAUUUGGAGUAACAUGGAUUAUUGGCUUCGCUCUGCUCAUAUUGGAAGAUGACAGUCCCAUGUUAACUGUUGCUAACUACAGUUUCGCCAUCCUCAAUUCCUUCCAGGGCCUUUUCAUUUUACUAACCGGGUGUUUUGGAGAGCAGAAGGUUCGAGAGGAACUGUUAAAGCUCAUAAUGGGAAAAUCAAAAGGAAAGGAGACUUCAACUUCAACCACAUACACAAAAGACAAAUGAAGUCCAAGAUUGUGAUGAUGGAAACAGCAACUCAUGUGUAUGCAGUUCCACUGAUAACCGGCAACAGAACACAUCUUAGAGUUUGAGUUAGAUUAUUACACAAGUGUAAAUGGGUGUCCUCAAACCAAGUUAAUUCUUGAACAAUGAUGUUUGAUAAUAUUUGAUUGAAUUAUUAUUAUUAUUUGUAGUGGUCAUAGUGCUAGUAAUGAUUUUCAUCAUCCUCAGCUGAAUAUGACAAAGAUUUUACAUUCAAUCAAAUUCUGCGACAGGGGAUACUAUGCAAAUAUUACAUACAUUAUAUGUAUAUAUAAGUAUUUCUUCACUUCUCAAGCUUCAUUCUCUCCACUGUAUAAACCACUUUGUGGAUGUUACAUGUCCGUAUAGGUCAUUAUUAUGAGUGCUGACUGUAUAUACGAUAAAACAGACAAGUUUGGCUUGGUUUGAUGAUUUUGUUAAAAAAGACGUGAUAUGAAAUCUGUAUACAUAUAUGUUUUUGACCGCUGUAUGUAUCUAAGUUAUAUGUACAAGAAAUAAUAUGUAAUGAAAUAAAAACAAAGGAAUAUAUUGACUUUUAUUGUUCAUUACAGUGUUCAUGACUGAGAAAUUUCAAUUCAAACUAUACAUUUUUCAGAAGUCAGAAGUCAUUUAGCAAACAACAUUUGAUUAUUUUUAUCAUAAAAUAAAACAAACUCAGGAGACACUAAACUACUGAUGCUAUCCUCCUACAAAAUGUUGUUAGACUAAAACUUGACAGUUGAAAUUUCCCUUGUUUUUUUAGUUCAACUUUUUUCUUUCUGAUGCAGGAUGAAGUGUAGUUUGCAAUUUACUGCUACUAUUGCUUCAUGAUUAAAGUAUUUUGAA